AAAAAAAAAAUUCUUUUAAAGAAAUGUCACGUGAUUUCGAUAGAAGUUCUGAAUGUAAACAGAAGAUUUAAAGUUGUGUGUUGUAGGCCAUAUAUUCAGCUGAAUAAUACACACUGCCACUUAGCUAUUUGAAAAAAAAAAAAUAAUUUACCAUUUUACCUUCAUUUUUUUUAACGUUAAGUAAAUUAAAUAUUUUUUUAACAAUGCAAACGGAGAAAUAGUUUUAUGUAGGCCUACUGUCAUAAGAUUUGCAUUAAUUUCUAAAGCGCAUUGUCAUGCAGCGAAGUCCCAUAACUCUUCAUGUAGGGAUCACAAGUUCUCUCCCCUUACCUGUGUAAAUUUCUACUGAAUUUUCUUUACAUUGAAUAAGAUUUUUUUUUUACCUUUAAAUUUGGCGACGUGAGAAAGGGGAGACUAUCUGCUAAGGGGAAACAACUAUAGGCAGAAAAAAAGUAGAUUUAUUCGAUAACAGAUAUGACAUGUAGCGUGGGACAGUUAGCGGAGGAAAGAGCGUGGGUUACGGAUGUUUUAAGUGAGACGUGUUUACAAAAAUGGCGAGUUGUGUUUUUUUGUGACAGGGAGUAAGGGGUUAAGCAAGGGAGGUAACUAGCGGACGACCUCCGGGACUGUUGGACAAUGUGCGGACUGUACCUGGAUUUACUGUGUAGAGUGGAACAUAAAUUGUGAAGGAAUAUCAAGAAAUGAAGUGACUUCAAAACUAGAAAUUCAUAAACAGUUUAAUUUCAAACGUGAAAUCAUCUUAUUCAGUAUUAUACAUAUAUAUCAAGAACAGAGUUAACCCUUUCAAAUCCAGGACUUUGUCACAGUAAUACACGUUGAGUGCAAUCUAGUCAUACCAUUAACCCUUUCAAGACAAGCUUUAAACGUGUUUAAUUUAUAAUUUAAUUCCAACUUGGACUUAAAAUUGAAGUUCAUCAGUCGGAAUAGAAAUUGUGUAUUUGAUUUGUCAAUAUCAAGAACUCAAGUGUUCAGAAGUUUCCAGAAUUAUUCCGUAACAUGCCAACAUUUUGUUAACUAAACAUUGUUAGCGCGAAAAAAUUCUGAAAAAAAUUACUUUAAAACUUUGGAAGGUGUUAAAGAAGAUACACGGAAAGCCAAAACAUUGUUUACCAACACAUCACAACUAUUAAGUAAUCGGAAGAAAGGAGAAACAAGAACUUCAUUAAAAUUUCUCCGGAGAAAAUAAACGGGAAACGCUAAAAUAUAGAUCCACUAGCCAGCCCGUUUUGCGUGUAUUAGACUAAGGGUGAAACCUUUCUGUCCAGUGUGUCGUUGACCUGUCGUUAAAAACGGAUCCAGCCAUCAUGAUCAUGACAAACACUCUCGCUGCCAUCCCCCUGUCCCCAGUCUCCCCCACACUGUCACUCAGUCCUAUAGACCUGUCGAAAUGCAGCGAAUCGGAACUGGGGCUUUUCCUCUCUCAAAGGAUGGAACUGGUCUGGCAUGGGGAGUUUGACCGCCUCUUCAACCAGUACUACCCCCACUCCUGGUUCCUUGUGCCCACCUUCUACCCACCCACCGACAGAUGGCGCGUCUUCAAGGACAGCGCCAAGGUCAGGUUCUCAUGUCAGGAAUGUGGUCACGGCUGGACCUCCAUGAAAGGCCGGGUCAUUUUCUGGUUCCAGCUCACCCAGCCGGGAAAUGCCGGCUACGUGAUGUUCAAGCUGUACGGCCAGCAGUGCCAGAAGUGUAAGAAUGGAAGCUACGAGCACGCCAUGUGGUACCCAGAGGAGGUGGUCAAGGUCAUCGGCAAUGUUUACAACCGUGUUGGCCAGAUCUACUAUGGGUUUGUGCGCCCCCCACUGAGGAUCGACAGACGCCAGGGGAAGCCCAGGAACCAGCACAACGCCGAGCUUUGUCAGGCCUGUAAGGAGGGUCUUUGUAAGGAGGAGUGGUCCUUCUCGUGACCUGACCCCGUGACCUUUUGUCUGUCCAGCUUCUGGGGUGAGCGAGAGGUGUACGGACGUAACGCGGUCAAGCAUGGUUGAGUUAAAAAUAUCAGCCAAUCAGCAGUGAUUUCGGACUCCAUUGUUGUUUUAUUUUUUUAUUUUUUUCAUGUAUGCGUUGAAACCAAUUUUUAACAUAAAUUAACGUGGUAUCAACCCAUAUUUUUAUAAUGUGAAAUUAAAUAUUAAAAUUGUGCUUUACUUUUAUUAACAGCUAUGUAAUUUAUUAUUUUAAUCAUUAAAAUAAAAUGUAAAAUGUAAAAAAAAAUAUUAUGGAAUGAGGUGUGUUCUGGAAUGAUUUAGAGUUGAGAAGUUCUGCUUCAAAUAGGGCUGGUUGGAUGGCUGUAUUUAUUGGUUGUGUCAGCAUUAAAUUAAAGUUGUUUCCCCUUCAUAUCAGUAUUUAAACCUACCAAUGUUAAAGAAAGAUUUGCGUCGGUAAAGAAGGAUGGUGUUGUUAUUUUAAACGUCAAACACAACUGAAUGAUUUUUUUAGCUGUAUAUUUUUUAAUUUUUUUUCGCGUUUGUAUUUUUUAAGGUUGUGGUGGAUAUACUGUGUACCAAUUAUGUAAUUAAUUAAUUAAGCUGCUUUUAAGCUUUGGCUGCUGUAAUUGAGGCUGUCUCGUUAAUUUAAAUCCUAAUCCUACAGCUAGCGAAAGCUUACAUCUUAAAUAAACUAUUUUGUAAAAAAUAUACAUAUAUAACAUACUAUAUUUACAUACAAUUACUUUACAUAUGUGUCUUUAAUGUUUUCACCAUUUUAAAUUUCCGUUUUCUUUUUUACAAAAAUCCUCAAAAAGAAAUUUGUUUUAAUUAAUUGUUUCCUUAUAAUUAAUGAAAUUGUACAUCGGCUUUGAAAAAUAUCCACUGAGCAUAUGAAGUCAAAAUCACCAUUGUAUAACAUUGGCACUAUAGUUAAAAAAUAUCAAUGUAAUUUUAAACAUACAAAAUCGGUAGUUAGGACUAGAUUUGUAAACAUAGAAUAACAUUUUUUUAAAAAAAUUGUAUACAUUAACAUUAAUAUUUUCGAGUAUUCUUAAGAUUUAGCAAAAAUAUAGAUUAAAAUACUUAGAUAAUUAAGUUUAAACUACUAAGUCAUGCCGUAAAUUUUUCAAUGUUUACUCUGGAUGAAGCCAAUUGUGUAAAUAUAUUUUCUCUUCGGCUCACUCGGCCUUUCAUUUUCUUUCAUUCACUUUUUAAAAUUGUACUCCCCGCUUGUGAGACACUUUUGCACUUCGCAACAGCUAAACGAGGAAUUGCUCAGCUGAAUGCACUCUUUGCACUUAAUCUUCUUAAAGUUGUUUUUUCUAUUUCAUUUUCUUAAACGUUAAUCUUUUAGCAAACAAACAGAGGCCUUAAAACUUGUAGAAAAUUAAGUACGAAAUGUAGUGCCUUUAUAUAUAUAUAUAUAUAUAUAUAUAUAU